GGCCUUCACUGCACCUUCCUGCCACUCCGGGCAGCAUCUGGGCCCUCAGCUCCCUCUCCGUCUACUGGUCCCUACAACACCGCUGGCCCCAUAGCCACCGGCCCCAGGGAUCCCAGCCCAGGAGGACGAAACGCUGAGCCUAGAGACAUGAGAGUCCAUGGAGCAUUCCACCUUCUGCUCGUGUGCCUGAGCCCAGCACUGCUGCCCGCUGUGCGGAUCAGUGGGAAUGAAAAAGAAGUCCUGAACCUGGCAGAAGGUGACAGUGUGAGACUGAACUGCCCCUACAUCCUGGACCCUGAGGACUCUGGUUCUGAUGCGCUGGGCAUCGAGUGGAUGCAGGUCAACCCAGAACCCUCACGUCAGGAGAAAGUGUUCCUUAGUUACCGGGACAAGAGCGUCAACCAUGGCGACCUCCCCGAUCUGCAGCAGAGGGUCCGCUUUGCAGCCCCAGAUCCCAGCCAGUACGAUGCCUCCAUCAACCUCUCGAACCUGCAGGUAGCUGACGCAGCUAUCUAUGAGUGCCGGGUGAAGAAGACCACCGUGGCCACCCGGACGGUCAUCAUCACUGUCGCAGCACGGCCUGUGGUGCCCACGUGCUGGUUUGAGGGCCACAUGUCAUACGGCCACGAUGUGGUGCUGAAGUGCUUUGUCAGUGGGGGCAGCCCGCCUUUCACCUACAAGUGGAACAAGAUCAGGGGGAGAACCUACCCCUACCGUGCCAGUUCCUACCAGUCCCAGGACACCUUCCAGUCUGAGUUCUCCUACGACGAGUCCUUCAGCUCCAUAAGUCAAGUUUCAGGCAUGAGCCAUGGUGAGGUGGUGUUGCUGGACAUCUCCCACAACGAUGAUGGGCUGUAUCAGUGCACAGUGGCCAACCGUGCAGGCCACAGCGUAUGUGUGGUGGAGGUGAAGGUCUCAGGAGGCUGGCACAUAGGAAUAAUCAUUGGCAUAGUGCUGGGCUCUUUACUCUUGCUGGGCUGCCUGAUGUUGGGCAUCUGGUGGCUCGUCUGCUGCUACUGCAGGCGGCCCCGCGGUGCCUUCUGCUGCCGUGGCCAGGUCCGCAGAAAUGCCUGCUGCGACUUGCCUAAUGAUAUCAGAGAGGACGACGUGGCGCCCGGGUGCAAGGCCAAAGGGCGCGGCAGCAGCGUUACCCACAUCCUGGGGUACCCGAUGCAGAAGAUCAGGCACUCCCUGAGCCUCAGACACGCGACUCCUCACUGCGAGGGCCCCGAGCACUUGGCCCUGGCGUCCAGCGCCGCCGCCGCCGCUCUAGACUGCAAAGCGGACCAGUCCCGGGUCUACGUCAAGGUCCAGAGUGCAGAGCCAGCCGCCUGCGCCGCCGAGGGGCCGCUGCCGUGCAAGGAUGGCCUCCUGGUGUGAGCGCGCGGCGCCCGGCUCCUGCCCGGCCAGGAGGAGGGUGCGGGCUCUGCCUGCAGCUGGGGACGCGCUCGGGCCGGCGCCGACCUCGCCUGCCCAGGGCCGCCUGGCGGCAGGGAACCUGGAAGAGUUUCCCUCGGGAGCUGAGUUGGGCGGCUGCGCCUCCUCCCCUAAAGUGGGAGGGGGAGGAGGAGGGAAUAGAGGCCAUCUCGGCCCUCUCCGCAUCCCCGCGGCCCUGAGGCUCGGGCAGAGGGAGGAAGGAGGAAGUGUCCGAGAGCGCUGGAGGCCGGAGACCAGGUGUCCCCAGCCAAGGCAGAAAGACCUGGGGGCCGGGUGGGUGGGGGUCUGGACUGAACUGUGCGUGUGAGGCCUGAGCUCCGAGGCGGCAGUGUUAGCACAAUAAAGAAAAUGUAAGACUCGA